AUGCAUUGGCACUGCAAGCAGCAGCACAACGCAAAUAAGCGCACGGGGUGGUUGGAAAGCUUGGGACAGACAGUACGUGACCUCCAGCUCGGCUUCCACCGUGCUUCCCUCCGGCAGCAUAACGCCGUGCUCCUGCAGCUGCGACCUGAAAGAGACGGAAGACCGAUCAGAGAUCUGCAGCCGACGACGCGGAGGUAGCAGUAGCACACUGUCAUAUCCCUCUUGCCUCCCACCGUCUUCCUCCGUGCUUCCCACCGGUACGCACAAGUCAAGCCACACCACCACCCGCUAGCUUCUCAGCAUUGCAGCAGAGCAACCGAGGCUCCCUCCCGCUGCUUAAAUAGGCCACUCGUCAAUCCUACGCCAGUCCAUUCGAUUCGCGCGCGUGAUCCAAGAAGAACACAAGCCAACGGGCACACGCACAGAUACGGCGGACGGUGAAGCAUAAGGUCAGCACACCUGGCCAGGGAGGCCUUGCUAGCUUUUGCUCUCCACCUAGCUUCUUCUGCCCGCUUGGCUCUUCUCCCUGGUCCUGGAACGCGCGCGGCUGGAUCGGAAGGAUGGCGGCAGCUCGGGAGGCGUCGAGGGCAGCUUCCCCCGUCGCUGCGGCCGCCGGAGUUCUCCUGGUCCUCGCCGUCCUCCUCACAGAGCAUGUGAUUGUGGCGAAUGCCCUGUCCAUCGGCGUCAACUACGGGCAGAUCGCCAACAACCUCCCUGCGCCGGGGCGGGUGUCGACGCUGCUCCGGUCGAUCAAGAUCAGCAAGGUGAAGCUCUACGACGCCGACCCGCACGUCCUGCGCGCGUUCCUCGGCACGGGCGUCGAGUUCGUGAUCGGCAUCGGCAACGAGCACGUCCCGGCAAUGGUCAGCUCCACGGUGGCGCAGGCGUGGCUCCAGCAGCACGUGGUGCCGCACCUCCACGCCGGGGCGCGCAUCACCUGCAUUACCGUGGGCAACGAGGCGUUCAAGGGCAACGACACCGUCCUGCAGGCCAGCCUCCUGCCCGCCAUGCACUCCGUGCACCAGGCGCUCGGGGCGCUCGGCCUGCAGGGCCGCGUGAACGUCACCACCGCGCAUUCGCUGGACAUCAUGGGCGUCUCCUACCCGCCCUCCGCCGGCACGUUCGCUCCGGGCGCCGUGUCGCACCUGCAGCCGUUCCUCAAGUUCCUGUCGGCGACGAGGGCCCCGUUCCUCAUCAACUGCUACCCGUUCUUCGCCUACAAGGACGACCCGGCGCGCGUGCCGCUGGACUACGUGCUCUUCCAGCCCAACGCCGGCGUCACCGACCCCAACACGGGGCUCAACUACGACAACAUGCUGUACGCGCAGGUGGACGCCGUCUACUCGGCCAUCAAGGCGCUGGGGCACACGGACGUGGACGUCAAGGUCUCCGAGACCGGGUGGCCGUCCCGGGGCGACCCCGACGAGAUCGGCGCCACGCCGCAGCACGCCGGGACGUACAUCGGGAACCUGCUGAGGAGGAUAGAGAUGAAGCAGGGUACGCCGCUGCGGCCGGCGGUGCCCAUCGACGUCUACGUGUUCGCGCUCUUCAACGAGAACCUCAAGCCCGGCCCGGCGUCGGAGCGCAACUACGGGCUGUUCUACCCCGACGGCACGCCGGUCUACAACGUCGGCCUCCGCGGCUACCUGCCGCCCAUGGCGGAUUCACACGGAGCACGGCAGGCGGUUCAUGCGAUCCUACUCAUCGCCAUCGCGACGGUCGGUUUUGCAUUGUCAUGACAGUAUCCAUCAACUACUGAGUUAUUGACGGUGAAGGGUGAAGGGUGAUGGCUGUGAUUGAACAGAGCUGAGCCAAAGUGCAUCAACUCCUUGAAAGAAGACAGUUGAUGAUCAUUCUCUUGGGUUAUGCGUAAAAAAAAUCCCCCUCUUUUUUCUUUUUUGAGGGUAAAUCCCCCUCCUUUUGAGGUAUAGAACUGAUGUAUUUUGGCAAUGCCAUUCAUUGCCAUCAGGAUGUGCUCUGGUGGCCUUCAGAAUUUGCAACUUGCUUCUUAUUCACUUUAGAUUAGCUCUAACCGAAGCUUGGAAGUCAUUUGUCUCCUCCAUUAACUAAGAAAAAUGUGACAUGUUUUUGUCCUGCGAAUGGAGAAACAAUAGUGCAGACA